AUGGAACAACUCCGGGAGGACGUCACCUGCUCCAUCUGCCUGGACAUUUUGGAUGACCCCGUCUCCAUCGAGUGCGGCCACAACUUCUGCCGGGGCUGCCUCUCCAUUCACUGGAGCGAGGUCUCAGCCCAAGGGUGCCGCUGCCCGGAGUGCCGGGCUCCCUGCUCCGGGGACAGGAUGAUCCGAGACACACGCGUCAAAAACCUAGUGGAGAAAAUCACCGAGCACCUGCAGGAAGAGCCAGAGCCGCAGGGGCCGGGGGCUCAGCCAGAACCGGGGCGCCCGGUGCAGCUGGUGCAUCUGGAUGAGGAAGAGAACCCGAUCCUGGAUGAGGAGGCCCUGAGCCGCUGCCUGGAGCAGGGUGGGGUGGGGGACGCCCCCGUCUGCCUGGUGUCCAUCAUCGGGGAGCAGCGCUGGGGCAAAUCCUUCCUGCUGAACUACCUGCUGCGCCGGCUCCAGAGCCCGGACACGAGGGACGGGUCAUGGAUGGGCCGGGAGGAUGAACUCCUGGAGGGUUUCGAGUGGUGUGCGGAUGAGCAGCGAGUCACCGAGGGGGUGUGGGCCUGGAGUCAGCCCUUCUGGGUCCCUGCCGAGGGGGGGAAGGUGGCCGUGCUGCUGGUCGACACCGAGGGCUCCAUGGACAUUGAAAGGAACAAGGAGACCUGCAUCAAACUCUCCGCCAUGUCCAUGCUGCUCAGCUCCUACCAGAUACUGAACAUUGGCCGUCGGGUGAAGGACCCGGAUCUCGAAUACCUGGAGAUGUUUGUGCAGGUGGCCGAAGUGGUUGGAAAGGAAUACGAACUGGAGCCCAUACAGCAUCUAGACCUGCUGGUGCGGGAUUGGAGCAGCUCCCUGGUCCUUGGAGCCCAGGGUGGGGAGCAGCAUCUGAGAUACGUCAGACAGAAGCUGGCGGCGACGUCCCCUUGCAAACACCCCAAGACCCUGGAAGCGCUGAGCAGAAGCAGCAGCUGCUGUUACCUGAUGCCGUUCCCUGGCGAGCGGAUCACGAUGGGGAGCGAGGGAAGCCUGAGAGACAUGGGUGAGAAUUUCCGGGAGAGCCUGAGGGAAUACAUCACCACCCUGGGGAGCUCGGCCGGUCAACACGUCCGGACGGACCAGCAUGGGAAGCUGCUCACCGGGACACAGCUUGCUACCAAGAUAAAGAAUUUAUCUCAUGUAAUGAAGAAACAUCGCUCCGGCUUCUCCUCACCCUGUCAGAUGGCCGUCACCUUCCACAACCAGAGAGUCCUGGACAGAGCCCGCUCAGACCACGCUCUCUUUCUGAAGGAGAAGGACGACAACUCCAAGAAUAUGAUCGACUGCCUGAAGGUGCAGCCCAGCAAGAUGGUGGAGCAGUUCGCGGAGCGGCGCAAGCAGUUGCUGCGGCGGUGCCGGACGGACAUGCAGCAGCCGGCGCUGGAGAAAGAGGCCCGGCUGACAGAGCUGGAGGAGGAGCUGACACAGGAGGCUGAGACCUUCCUGGAGACCUACGGGAAGCACUUCAAGAAAUUUGCCAUUUUGGCGGGCGUUGGCGCGGGGGUGGUGGUCCUGGCACCGGGCAAUCAGAGCAGCAAUGUCUGCCUGCGUCUGCAGAGAGCCUGA